CGACAGUGUGGUGGAACAAUGAAAUUCGGCAUGGCGUUUUGGAAGCAAACAGAUUUUGGUGCGUUUUUGCUGUCUUCGGCUGAUAGGUGCKGUAUUGUUGGAAGAACAACUUCCGUGUUGCGUUGUCGUCGCGCCCCAAACGAASAACACAUCAUCCUCGAGUCUUAACAAGUUCUUCAAUACGCACUCGUACGGUACUGUUGCGUCAAAACUCGUACCACAGAUCGGCCAUUGAUUGCAGCAUAUAGGGACAAGGCUUCGAACACCGUCACACAACUUACAAACACUUCGUACCAGCCUCAGCAUUGGUCGAUUGGAAGCAAAGGRACAGACAACAUACCUUCACAGUGCACACCAUUGCUGACAACAGCGACAACAGCAGCAGCAGCAAUACUAAAAACAACAGCGACGACGACGACGAUGAAGAUUCCUGGCCGUCUUGCACGAACACCGACCUUUUUCCUCCUGGCGCUGGUCUUGCUCGCGGUGGGAGCGACCGGGCAGGGAACGCCGGAGGGCCUGACCGCGGUGGCACUGGGGGGCCAGCUGGUGGGAAACAUCCUAGAGUACGUCGUCAACCCCGGCGACCUCCGUGCGGAGGGGAAGGACACGGUCACCAUUGUGUACACGGUUCCCGAAGAAGCCUGGAUAGCUGUMGGCUUUAGCACCGAGGGUCUGAUGAUCGGGUCGGAGGCCGUGAUUGGCUUCCCGGCCACCGGGGAGGUGGUAAAGUACGGCCUGACUUCCUUCAUACAGUCCACGGGCGUGCUGCCGCUUCCGGAGGCGCRGCAGACGCUGAUCGAUGCCUCUAUCACCCAGGGAGACGGACUCACYAGCAUGAGGUUCACCAAGAUCAUGGAGGAACCCGACGAGAUUCCCAUUGUGAUUGGCCCCAACAUCUUUAUGGGAUCCGUGGGGUUCGACAACAAUUUUUUCAUGCACGCGAAACGGGACUCGUUCGGCAUCGAACUGGCGGUGGCCGAGGAGACGGACGACGCGGUGGGAGCCGAUGCCGCGGGGGGGGAGGAGGAGGUUGCCCCGGCGGCAACCACGGUGGUGAUCAUCGAAACGCGCAAGCGAUCGCUGUGGAWGGCCCACGGCUGGUGCGCCGCCCUCGCCUGGGGGCUCUGUGCGCCCCUGGCCAUUGGUGCCGCCCUCCUCAGGAGAUGGUUUCCGGACGGGCUGUGGCUAACCAUUCACCAGGGUCUGAACAUUGCGGUGGGCGUCUUGACCGUUGCCAGCUUUGGAUUGGCGGUGGCCGCCAUUGGCUCGGAAACCCCGGCCGGAGGCAGCAGCUACCACUUUAGCUCGGACCCCUUUCCCCACCGAUUCAUCGGGCUGGUGGUCUUCUUGCUGGUGGCCUUUCAGGUCCUGAGCGGCCUCUUUCGGCCCCACAAUCCGGGCAAGGGGGAGGAAAAGUCCUGCACCCGCCGCUUCUGGGAGGUCCUGCACCGGGUACUGGGCCUCGUUCUCCUGGCGCUGGCCUGGUACCAGAUCGAUUCCGGGAUUGGGAUCUACCAGCUGAUCUUUUCGGACAGCGCUUCCGCCCGCCUUUCGGGGAUUUUCUGGGGGAUCACCGGGAGUCUCUCGGCGAUCAUCGUGGUGGGAUUUGUGGUCACCAAGAUGACGGAUCGGGCAGACGACGACGACGACGACGACGACGGAGCAUGGGACGAGUCAGUGGAAGAUGCCUGAUUGUAGCAUAGGUAGAUUUUCCAAAGGCGCUUUUUCUGURUUGAGAAAACAAACCGAAAAACAACAAUGUUGAACUGAACUUUCAACAGGACGACGAAUAGAAACUAUAGAACACUGCAAAUCAGUCACUUUCCAAACUAGGAGAAGAAUCUUGAACCCCAAAWWWUUYUUUAUUUGAAACCCAKUAUUGAACGCACAU